AAUAAAUAAAAAGAAAACCAGCAAGAAAAUGUUAAAAUUAAAUCGUAAAUAAUGGAUUUAAAACAAUAUUGAAACGAAAUAGAUAUUUAACCAAUUGAAAUUUCGAUUACAUGGGAAAUAGUAAUCGUAAAAGAGAAAAUUCAUCAAUAUCUGUACAAAAAACGAAUCAUGUAAAUCGUGAAAGGUUUCAUCAUUACUUUAGUCAGUUAAGUUUAUCAAAUAUAGCAAAUAAUUUAAGUGGCCGAUCAUUUUUGAGCGUUGCAAGUCACCAAUCAAAUUAUAGUGUAUCUCGACCAUGGUCUAGAAUUUCAAGGCGAAGGUGGAAAGAAUCAACAUUAAAUGAACCGUUUGAAGCAAGUAAAACCGCCUGGCCUGUUGCAAAUAUUGAAGCAGCAUUUUUACCUGAAUUUUCUAUAAAUACUGAGCUAACAGAACGUAGUUUUCGUAUAUUGGAAUUAAUAUCACAUGGUGCUUAUGGAAAAGUAUAUAAAGUACAAAAAUUGGAUACGCAACAAUUAUAUGCUUUAAAAAUAUUAUCCAAAGCUCAGGUGAUUCAUGAAAAUGCGGUUCGUCAAGUAAAAGAAGAGGUUGCUAUACAAAAAGUAUGUGGACAUAAUCCAUUCAUAGUUGGCUGCCCUUUUCAUUGGCAAAGUCAUAGACGAUUAUACAUUGUUAGUGAAUAUAUUGAUGGCGGGGAAUUAUUUCAUCUAUUAGAACAAUACGGAUCAUUACCAGAAUAUCUUGUUGCUGUAUACGUCGCUGAAAUUGCUUUAGGUCUUGAUUUCCUCCACAACGCCGGAAUCAUAUAUCGUGAUUUAAAACCAGAAAAUAUAUUACUUGAUCAAGAAAACGGCCACAUUCAUCUAAUCGAUUUUGGUUUAUCAAAGUGGCUAAAAUACGGAGAUCGUACAACUACAUUAUGUGGUACACUACGUUAUAUGGCUCCAGAGGUUGCAAGUUUAAAACCUUAUGGACAUGCCGCUGAUUGGUGGUCAUUGGGUGUUUUGGCUUGUCGUAUGCUGUUAGAUGAGUAUCCAGUUCCUGCAAUUCCAAGAUUAGAAGAGUGCCAAAAUCCAACAGUGCAACAACAACCAUCACCCGAUAAACCACCAGGAACAUUACCAGAAUGUGCAACCACAAUGCUUUCCAGACAUGCAUGUCAAUUAUUAUAUAGAUUAUUAGAUCGCGAACCACAUCGACGAUUACGAAGCUUAUUAACAUUACAACAUGAAGGUAUUUUUAAGGAUAUUGUAUUUGGCGAUAUAAAAAGUCGUAAAAUAUCACCAAAACAAAUACUAAAUCAAUACUUCCCAAAUGGACCUCCAAUUAAACAUAGCCAACAAAAAGAUCUUAAUAAUUUGGACCUUUUUGAAACAUUUACUUCCAAUUCAAUUCUUGUAUGAAUUUUCUUAUAAUAUGUGAUUUAUGAUGCUUUUGUAAAC